GACUUAGGUGAUUUAGCUAGGAAACUGGCUAGAAUCUGCGGCUCUGGAGUCAGCUGUUUCCCAAGAAAAUCAGCCUGGUGAUAGCCAAGAUGGUGGCCUUCGAAGCCCUAGUUUCAGUUGUAAACGAGAGCUACGGGGGCGGGUCUUAAAUGCAUCACAGCUGAUCUGGAGGUCCUCCCCCCUCCUUAACUUGUUUUUUUGCAGAGAACAGCUUUGCAGAGAUUCACAGGGGGACCUCUUGUUUUCUUUCUCUCUUUCUGGUUAUUUUUAACCAAGCGCUUUUUUAAACCACAACCCGGUUUUCCUUCAGUCUCGAAUUUAAACACAGCUUCAUGAUGCCACUUCUUUUCAGAAUAAACUGCAAUCGCAAUUUUUCACCCGAAUACCCAAAUAUUUUUGUCAUCCACUGUGAAUUUAGCCCAGAUCUGACCAAGUUUUAGUGUUUUCGCCUUCACAGCAUCUCAUGCGUUAGCGCGAGCCGUCAGUGGAGAUGUUUUCGACAGGAGAGGAUGUUAAUUCCCAUUUGUUUACCUCACUGAAGGAGUCAUCUGGGGCGGCAAUCUCCCCAACACUGGAGCUCAGUCUAACUACCGUCUACAUCGUCCUCUACUCCUUCCUGUUUGUUUUCGUUUACCUGCAGCUCUGGCUCAUUUUGCACUACGGACACAAGCGCUUCAGCUACCAAAGUGUGUUUUUGUUUCUGUGUUUGCUGUGGGCAGCGCUGAGGACGACCCUCUUCUCCUUCUACUUUAAAAAUGUGAUGCAGGCCAACCAGCUGCAGCCUCUGGCCUACUGGCUGCUCUACUGCUGCCCCGUCUGCCUGCAGUUCUUCACACUCUGCCUACUCAACCUCUACUUCACCCAGGUGAUGUUCAAGGCAAAAGCCAAGUAUUCACCAGAGCUCACCAAAUACAAGGUUCCCCUGCGUUUGUUCUUCCUGUGUCUUAGUAUAUUCUUUCUGGUGGUGAAUUUAACUUGUGCGUUGUUAGUGCAAGGGGCUCUGCAGCGCUCUGAAUCACCGAGUGAUGGGGGUAUCAGACAUGCAGUCCUGGCCCGGGUCUUGAUCAACGACAGUCUGUUUGUCCUGUGUGCUGUCUCUCUGGCCGUCUGCAUCUUUAAGAUCGCCAAGAUGUCCUCUGCCAACGUCUACCUGGAGUCCAAGGGAACAUCAGUGUGCCAAGCUACAGCAGUAGGAGCCGUGGUGAUCCUGCUCUACACAUCCAGAGCCUGUUAUAACCUGGUGGUGGUGGCACUGUCCCCACAGGACAGACCCAGUCCCUUCAACUACGGCUGGUACAGUGUGUCUGAUCAGGCCGAUGUGCAGGAGAUCAGCGGGGAAGCCUACGUUGUGUUUGGGAUCAUUCUGUUCUUCUGGGAGCUGCUUCCUACAAGUUUAGUUGUGCUUUUCUUCAGAGUCCAGAGACCCAACCCAAACCUGGCCCCAGGAGGGAUGAUCAACAGCCACAGUUUCAGCUCCAGAGCCUAUUUCUUUGACAACCCUCAACGGUAUGAUAGUGAUGACGACCUGUCAAGAAGCAUCAAUAGUAGGACUGAUCGGACCAGUCUCCACUCCACCACUCCCCAGCUGGGUACAUCCAGUUGGUAUGGCUCCAUCCAACGUAACGGGACUCUAGCUGCGGGCGUUGCGUCGGCCCAGCAACCGCCAUCUUCCACGGCCCCCCUCCUCUUUGCCUACGGAAACAUCCAGAGUCACAAUCCCCACCAUCACAACUACUACUCCACCCCGCAGAACAACUACCACCAUCAUCAUCACAGUAACUACUUUUCAACGCCACAGAAUUAUUACUGUGGGUCACAAACAUAUUUCUGCACCCCACAGAAUUAAGCAGGGUCCAUCCUUAAGAAUGAAAAAGACUAAUAACUAACAAUUUCUUGCGUUUGUGUCACCAUUUUGCUUCCCCAGAUAUAUCAAAGCAGGUACUUUUGAGUGAUAUUCUAAACCAUUGCUCUGGACCAGUUUGGGCCUAAAAAUUGGUUCACCUAUUUGUUCCAGAGAAAUGUGGUCGCAUCAGUAACUGGGAAGUUGCUGUGGCGUAACUAACUGCUUUUGUAGAACAUCACUCUCUUUAAAUGGCAUGUACGGACCAGAACGAAGGCAAGCGCAGGCCAUGGACCAGAGUUUAGCACUAAUAUGGCUAAUACAUCUAAAACUGCAAAUACCAAACAUUUCUCUGUUAAAUGUUUUGGUCCGUGAUAAUUUCUAAGACUGGAAUCAUCAGGGACCGGACAAUCGUCGCUCUCAUUAUCCUUUGCUUGUAUAUUUCAUCCAGUUGUGCUAAUAUGGAAUGUACCAUUCUGCUCAGACCGGAGCCCAUGUUAGCUAACAUGGCUAAUGCCGAAGCUAGUCUGUCAGUUAUCAGUUGUGGGCACAAAGACGUUAUAUUCAAUCAGAAUUUGUUGUUGCAUUGUUAUUUAGGUUGUCAUGGAUUGGGUUGAGUUAUUGUUUUUAAAAAAAAAAAGAAGAAAAAAAAAAGGGUAAAGAACAGUGAAGAAUGCUAGGCUGCUAGCUUAAUGCUCAAUCCUCAAAAAGGCUUUUCCGUCAAUGAAAACCAAAUGUUUCUCUGGCUUUUCUCCUGUCUGGUUAUGACAGGAAUUAGCAGUUGCUAAUUUGCCAUUAGCUGUUGUAGCAGUGAGUGCUAUCUUAUAGCCAACGCUAACAGAUUACUUAAACUCAUAAUCAGUUUAACCAAGACACUUUUCAGCAUAUCUGUAUUUUAAAAAGAUAAUCAAACUUCCAUCCAUCACAGGCUUGUAAUAUUAUCUUUUGAAACGGUGUUAAUUUUGGUGCCACAGAAAUAGAAAGCUUUACAAACACAAUUAGCAAGUUUAAGACUUUAGCCUGCCUACUCAGUACUGGAUUUGUGUUUAAUAGUUUUGACAUAUAAAAUAAGCAUAUUACAGUUUUCAUAAUUGACUGUCGUCAAAAUACUGGUCAGUUUAUUUCAGUGUUCACAAGCAUCAUCCAUAUAAACUGCUUACAGACGCAAAAUAUAUGUGAAGUUUAUAUGUAGCUGUAAUAUGCAUGUUAUUCUCAAUAGCACAGGCUUGGUCAAUAUGUAAGUGUGUGAAAAAUGUAACAUCUAACAAAUGCAUUUAUGACAAUUGGUGAUGAACAGUUUUAACAGAUGGCUUUAAUAACCAGCUCAGGCUUCAACUAAAUCUGCUCAGUUACAGGAAUGUGCCACUGCUGUUAGAUUAUAUUAAACAGCAGCCAAAUCCAGGUUUCCUUUCCCAUAAUUAUCCAAUCAAAACUAUCUGAAAACCUAAAACAGGAAGUGCCAUACACUGUAAAGUUGCUGAAUGUUGGGGAUUAAAAACACUGAUUUUACUGGGCAGUAGCAUCAUCAGUAUCAUUUGGAGACUAUAAUAUUAAAAUGUUACCUACAGUCAGUAGAAAUCAGCCCAAGGAUUGCACAUUAAAAAUGUCUCUAAAACAUAUGUUUGACCAAAAACCUUUCAUGUAAUCAGAUCCUCGGAGUUGUGAGGCGACAAUUUGCACUUAGUUCACCUUUAGAAAAAAAAGGCGUUGGGCCUGAAUGUAGGAUUUCAUCUCCUACUUGUUUUUAUGUAUUUUCCUCAAUCGUUGUCUGUGUUUGAGAAAGGAAAUAAUGUGCCAUCACAUUUUGUCAAAAUACUUUAAUUCUUAAGAAAAAUAUUUUUGCACAAGAAAUGGUUGGAUGAUGUUUUUAAUCGUUUGUGUGUCAAGUUAAUCAAUUUCUAAUCCAUGUUUGUGUGUUUUGAGUUGGUUUAUGUGCAAUUUUAAUUUGAGGUUUGUUUUUAAUUAUUUGACCCUUUUCUCAGACCAAAAUCAGUGUACGUAUCAGUGUCAGGACUGAAUGGGGAAAAAAAAAUGCUACCCAACUAAAAAGCUACUUGCAUUACUUGUAUCAACAAGCUUCACAGAACACUACAAGUACAAUGAUGGAAAUGAGGUUGUUGGGUCCAGUUGUUUGCCUAUUUGAGCAAAAUUAACAUCUGCAGUGCAUGCUUCGAAUAGAGUGCAAGUACUCAGUGUCAGAUUUUCUUUCCAGGGCGAUAUCCUUUAUGUAGAACAUGUUGCUCUGCUAUAAAAUGGCAGUGAUAAUUUUUUCAUGAAUUGUCUCAUGUUAUGGGUUGUUUUAUUCGUGGCCAUACUGAAUGUAACCUAUUGUGUGAUAGAUCACUAACGAUGUAUGCAAGAAAAGCACUACCAUGUUGAAAUAAAGGCCUACUGCACUGUUUUUAAGACAAAAGUG